AUGGCGUUUAACGCGUUUGCGAGCUCGACAGCGCCGGGCUUCGGUGCUGCGUCGACGCCGGCUGGAGUAUGCGGCUUUGGCCACGCCGGAGGUGCGGCGGGCGCGGCACCUCCGGGAACUGGCGGCUUCAACGCAGCCCCCGCCUCGGCGCCGGCUUCGGGGUUCAGCUUUGGCUCCGGCACGUCGGCUCCCGCUGCCGCGACGCCGACCGCGUCGACCAUGGGCUUCGGUGGGUUCAGCGCUGGCAAUGCGGCAUCCACGUCCGUUCCGGCGGUCAGCGGCUUCUCAACAGCCCAGCAGCCCCUGACGAGCACGCCGACACCGUUUGGUGGUAGCGGAUUCGGUCCUGGAGCGGCUUCUGGAGCCGCUGCGUCGGCAACCACAGCUCCGGCAGCCUCUACGCCGUUUGCCACUGCCACCAUCCCGGCUACGCCCAUCUCCGGAGGGGGAGGCUUCGGCGGCACGACGAGCAGCGCGGCUGCAACUCCCUUCAGCGGCUUCGGCACUAACGCGGGCGCCACCCCCGCUGCCCCCGUCGGUGCCGUCCCUGCCACCGCCCCGGCGAGUGCGUCACUGGCUUCGGGAGGCGUUAAAUUUGCCAUUGCUCCGGUCGCUUCAGCUUCGGUCGCAAAGGCGCCGGCGAACUUCGGGCCAUUUGGUGGUGCAGCUGCUGCGGCGACGCCGGCGCCGGUUGCGCUGACAGCUUCUACUGAGGGUGCCAAGGGACCCUCCAACGCAGGGUUUGGGCCCAACUCUGGCAGCAGCGCCCCCAAUGCCGGUUUAACAGUCGGUGGCGCAGGCACGAGCGGUGCCGCCGGCGGUGGCUUCAACUUUGGCGGUGCUGCAACUACGGCCCCUGCGACAGCCGGUGGGUUCAACCUAGGCAGUGCUGCCUCAGCGCUUGCCGCUUCAACGGCAAACAAGGCACCAGCACCUGCUGCGGCGGCCCCUGGGGGCUUUAACUUUGGCGGUGCAGCGUCGAGCUCUGCGGCGGGUCCUGCUGCGGCUACUGCAGCCGGUGGGUUUGGUGUGAUGCCGGCUACUCCAACUCCGGCUGCUGCUCCUGCUGCUGCUUCUUCCACCAGUGGUGGUUUCACUUUUGGCGGCACGGGUGCUGCAGCAGCGUCAUCCGAUGCAACAGCGGCCGCCGGUGUCACAGCGCUUUCAGCAGUGACGGGGUCUCCACCGGCAGCGGCGACAGGGCCAAACGCCACGCCCACUACGGCGGGUGCGACAUCAUCCUCAAAAAGAGCUGAGAACGCACCACCUUUGUCGACUGCAGCAGCUACCGCCGCCUCGCCGUCGCAGGAGUUCGACGGAAAGAGCCUUGCUGCGGUUCUGCGAAAACUAGAUGUUGAUAUCUCCUUGGAUCAGCGACACUUUGCCGACCUUGCCCGCCACGUCGUGGCGCGUGACCGACAGAUCAUGGCGCGUGGCCGAGAGUUGACCGAAGUUCAGUCAGUCGUGAAGGAUGCCCUGACGGCGGCAAAAAGCGCCGAGGCGACGUUGGCGGAGUGCAAGCAGCGGCAAACGACCCUCUCGGAGUACUUGCAGUCUCUGGAAGACAAGAUACAGCCGUACUACGCGCAAUGGGAGCAGCGACAGCAGGAGCAGCAGGUCCAUUCGGCACACCCUUGUGUCGUGGGCCAGCAGCGUGCUGCCACGUACGACAAUGUCAUGGCGCUGCUGGAAGAGGUUCAGGGCGUGGAGGAGAAGGUGGGACGUGCCGUUCGCCAGCACAAUCACUCGCGCGAUGAGCUGCUGGGACUCAGCGAGAUCGAGGGUACGAUGCGGUUGAUUGACGGACAGCUGUGCGCACUGCAAUGCUGCUCGGCGCUGGCAUCCGCGCUAGAGUUGGAACUGGAUCGCCUGCUUGGGAAAGCGGCGUAG